AAUUGGAAUUGCCCUGAAACCGGUAGUAGCAUCUGUGUGCACGCAUAAUCUCAGUAUAAAAGCCCGCGACAUCACGCUAUAUCUGCUAAUCUGCUCUGCUCUGACACAAACCAAUUCGAUCAAUUCUGCUCUCUCUUCAGAUCGAACGCUAGCUUGCUCGAUCUGUUGCAAAAUUGUACGGCGCCAUGAGGACGGAGAUGCUUAUCAGGAUGCAGGCGAGCUCGGAGAAGAAUGGGAACGCCAAGGCCAUGAAGGUGGCGGCGGCGAUGGACGGCGUCGAGUCCGUGACGCUGGCCGGGGAAGGUCGGAACCUGCUGCGGGUGGUCGGCUCCGGCGUCGACUCCAACCACCUCACCAGCCGCCUCCGCCGGAAGGUCGGCCACGCCGACAUCGUCGAGCUCCGCACCCUGCACGACACCUACCCACGUGGCGCCGCCGCCGGCAGCUACGCCGCCACCUCAACGAGCGGCCGCCUCGGCAGCAGCAACGGCGGUUACUACUACUCCUCCCAGCUCUCCGCCGGGCGCGGCGGCGCCUACAGCUCCGGCGGCCACCAGCUGUACGGCGGCGGCUACGACUCGCCGUACUACCACCAGGCGCCGCAGCAUCCGUACGACGGCGGCUACUACCCGUCGCCGUACGGCGCCGCCGCGGUGCAGCACGAGUACUACACGACGAGCAGCAACGACGAUCCCAACGGCUGCUCCAUCAUGUAGCAACGACUAUAGUUUAAGCUUAGCUAUUGUGUAUAGCUGUUUCUAUUUUUUUUUUCUAUGAUUUCUUCUUCUCAUUUCAUUUCGGUGAGGUUUGAGCAGUGUUUACUACUACUAUUUGCUGGUGAGGCUGCUAAAUAACUGGGGAAAUUUGUGCUUCAGUUGAUUUGUUUGUUCAUCUCUGCAUGUAAACAGAUUUGUGUGAAGCCGUGAUCGGUCGAGAUAGAGGGGCUAUGGUUUUUGUCAGCCCCUUCGAUCGUUCCAUUUGAUUGUAAUUAAUUGUUAAUUUGCAGCUGUGUUGUUUUCAGAUCUGCCAAGAUAAAUCAGUGUGAAAUGCAGAAA